CUGCUGGCAGCAACACCAAAGCUCCUUCCGAGUAUCCCGAUGCAGAAAGUUCAAGCUCCGGCGUGUGUGGCGACGACAGAGUCAACGGGUGUUUGGUGGGCACGUGCAUCGACCGCGGCACCGAGGACAGGACCUGUGUCUGUCUGCCCAACCACCGCUCCCAUGGCAGCUACUGUGAUCAGGGUUGGGAGCCCAUUUCGUCCAUCACAGUCGCGGGCAGCACCUGGAGGUGCAAGGACGUGUACAGCAUGUAUGGCCUCACGCUGCAGCAGUUCAUCGCCAUGAACAAGGGUAUCAACUGCUCUGCUCUCCUUCCUCAGGGUCACGAGCUCGUGGUGAAAGAGCUUCUGCCAGCCUGCUCUGCCUUCUACUACACCCAGCCAGCCGACACAUGCUCGUCCGUGGCUCAGUUUCUCAGCAUCACCGAGGAAAGCCUGCAGCAGCUCAACCCCGGUGUUAGCUGCUCCUCUCGCCUCCUUGCGUUCCGCGCUCUCUGUGUGGAGCGCAACCCAGCCAAAACCAAGCCAAUAUGUGUGAAGGAGAUACGGAUCGGCCGAGUGGUGGACUUCACGAAGGUGGCGACAUCCCAUGGAGCCACCAUGGUGGACCUCUGCAGGCUCAACCCCUGGAUCUCCUUCCGCGAUUCCCUGCGCAACAUUGAUGGUGUAAGCGCAUGCUUCCAAUACCAAUGCAACCCCAGUUUGGAGCCAUGGUGUCAGUAUGCUGAACUCUGCAGCUGUUCCUUGUCAAUCACCCUUUAG